GCAGCGGCGGCGCAAGAUGGCGGCGGCCGAGCGGGAGGCCUGUGAGGAGGCGGCCAAAGAGGCCGAGGAGCAGCGGGCGGGCCCCGGAUCCGCCCCGGCCCCGGCCCCGCUCGGCUUGACGGAGCUGCCCGGAGAGCUGCUGGAGCUCAUCCUGUGCUGCGGCUCUCUGGGCGCCUCCGACUUGGUCCGCCUGUCCUGCACCUGCCGCCACCUGAGGGAGGCCUGCCAGCCCCGCGGGAAGGUCUGGCGGGAGCAGCUGCGGCGCAGGUGGCCUUCUUUAAUGAAAUACUACAAUCAGGCAGACAGUGUGAAUUGGCUGGAGCAAUAUAAAGAAAGACAUAAAGCAGGAUUGAAAGCUCAAACGGUCGUCGCCUCGUUUUCCAAAAGGUUUUUUUCAGAGCACGUGCCCUGCGAUGGCUUCACUGAUAUCGAGACCCUCGAUUGCCCCAGCCACUUCUUUGAAGAUGAGCUGAUGUCCAUUCUUAAUACAGGAGGCAGGAAGGGCCUGACCUGGAAAUACUAUGCAAAGAAAAUUCUUUACUUCCUGCGGCAACAGAACAUUUUAAAGAAACUGAAGACUUACCUUGAGUACUCAGCCGAUGAGCAAUCCUUUUUAGAAGGGGCCGUGCUGGUUGACCAAUACUGUAACCCUUUGUCAGACAUCUCCCUCAAGAGUAUCCAAGCUCAGAUUGAUGACAUUGCUGCUAAAGUGUGUACAUUUCUCAAAUCCAAAAACCCCAGGCAUCCCACAGUGGAGCGAAAAGCAGGAGAGGCCUUGAUCGUCUCUCAGGUGGAGCUGCAGAGGCAGGUUCUCGACGCCAUGAACUGCGUCCUCUAUGAGCAGUUGAAGUACCGAGGGAACGAGGUGGAUUAUUACAACUGUCAGAAUUCAUACAUCCAUCAGGUUUUGAUUCGCAGGACGGGAAUCCCGAUCAGCUUGUCGGUGCUGUAUUCGACGAUUGCCAAGCAGUUGGGCGUCCAGCUGGAGGCGGUCAAUUUCCCCAGUCACUUUCUGCUCAGGUGGUGCCAGGGUAAAGAAGGGCCUUCUCACUUUUCCCUUCCUUUCGCAGAGAAUCUGGAACUCAACCCAGAACCUCACGAGAUCCCUCACCCAGACAUUGGUCGCUACUUUGAGGAGUUUGCCGACGCGUACUACGUGGCCAACCCAGAGCUGGCAAUCCGAUACCCUGAGGAUAUGGCGCUCACGCGUUUAGCUGGCCAGAAAACGGAAGAGAGCAAAGAAUGAGACUUAUUUUAUUUAUUUUCCCCCUUUCCAUCCCCUUCCUCUUUGCAAGGACAGAAGAAACUCUGUACAGUGGUGGUGGGGGAUUUCAUCACGGGGAGGAACUGCUGGUCUGAGGAACUGCACUUUGCUAGCUGGUAGUGAACUCCGUGUUACAUAACCCCUCGAUUGCGUUGUGCUGACACUUGUCAAAACCAUGUGGGUGGAGCAAAGUUUAGAAACCUCCUCCUCCCCCCCAAAUGAAGAGCUUCUGAGACUUAAAAAAUAAGUCCUCAUUCUGGAAAAGUUGAGUGACCUGCAAAUGGAAGGCAGUGGAUAAUUUCCAGGUAGAAUUUUCUGGAACUAACCCAACAUCUGUCUCAGUUCAACUUCAACCAACAAUGAGGUGCCAAAACCUUAAGGAAGGACGUUGAUGCUUCCUUACUCAAAAGGUCUCCUAGAAAACCCCAUCAGGAUUUCUCUCCACUGCUUCAGGCCAACAACUCAAAUUUUAAAAAAAUAAAACCUGCCCUGGAUGGAUGUCGUUUUCCUGCAGGUUUCUCGGACUCGCACGCCAUCCCACAAGACACCGUGCCACAUGGGUGAUGAAUCUGGAGGUGAGCAUUAUUCUCCUUUUUUGUUCUGCUUGUUCGCUCAUGGCUCACUCCAUUAAAAAAGAAAGAAAAAGGAUAAAACAGCAUCACCCUGGGAAGGCAAAGAAAGCACCGAAGGACGUGGCCAUCAAUUGUCUAAAAUGUCCUUUUCUCAGGGAAAAGAUCUGGGAAGCUGAUCGAUGUGCAAAAGCUGUCUGGCAGAAAGAACUGAUCAUGCUUUCAUCAGUUGUUGUAAAUAAUAUGUUUCAAGGCUGUGGAAUGUGUAAUUUCUGAACUGGGGUGUCUGGGCAGAGUGCUGCUGACACUGGCUGGAGGAGGCAAGCUUUUAAUCAUCGCAUUGUCAAGGAUAAAAUGAUACGCUUCUCCGGUC